AUGCUUAAAGAGAUCCACGAACCUCUCCCCGCCAGGCGCGACCAGAAUGCGUAUACAUUAGGAAAGAUCAGCGGACACAACGUGGUGGUAGCAGUCAUGCCUGAGAUCGGAAACAACGCGGCAGCUACAGUGGUGACGCAGCUACUCAACGACUUCCCUUCAAUCCGAUUUGGUAUUCUGGUGGGCAUUAGAGGAGGAGUACCGGGAGACGAGGGUGAAGAUGAUAUCCGACUAGGUGAUAUGGUGGUGAGCCAGCCGACAGCCACGUUUGGAGGGGUGGUGCAAUACGAUCUAGGGAAGAGACUUGUGGACGGGGUUUUAAGAGGACAGGACAGCUGA